UUAACAUAUUACCGGUCAAUUGAUAUUAUACAGCUCAUCAAAAUAUCAACAAAAUAUUUUUUUUUCAAUCUGUCUCGACACUAUAGAGACACAAAAAGCUUGUAAUAAUGCAUUGAUUAGUAAACCCUCUUUAGAGAUGGAGUUAGAGAGUUUGUAAAAGAUUCGAUUUUAUCCCCUUGAAAGUAGAAGAUGAUGUCAGACAGGGGAAGUAAUUCAAGUAACUUCAGCCUUUGCUCAGUUUGUUUAGCCCUAGAGUAGAAUCUAGUGUUAUAAUUAGGCUAUCCUACCUGGUUAGGUCAGUGCCGCAGCUCCAGGCCUGAACUCCUCGCCCAAAUGAACCCAGUCUUUGUAAUUCCAGGAAAGCGCUAUGGUUCCUAGAUAUCUUUGAGAGUUCAAAAUGGCACUUCAAGUCAAUGCUCCAGUUUUCAACGAGAAUGGAGAUCGUAAGGCAGGCGGUUUCUUCCCCGGAAUUUUCUCAGCAGGCUUUGAUCAUAAAUUUUUAUGUUGUCACUGCCACUGCAUCUUGAGAGAUCCAAUACAGGGUUAUUGUGGUCACCGAUUCUGCCGAAGCUGUAGAGAUGAGCUCCUAAGGACCCAAGAUUCUAAUUUACUGAACUGCCCAGGAUGUGUGGAAGAGAAUGUUGGCCCUCAGGAGAUGGGGAAAAUAUCAGAAAAUCGGAUGUUUCCCGACAAUGCCGUAAGGCGAGAAAUGUACAACAUGGCUGCUGCCUGUGUGUUUCCUGGAUGCACAUGGAGAGGAAAAUUCAGAGAUUAUGAAAUGAAAGAACACCUGGAGAAACAUUGUCCCAAAAGAUUGAUAUCCUGUCCUAUGGGCUGUCCCGAGCAGUUCAACAUGGACAUGUUCUCCGACCACAUACACAAGUCGAUCGAGUCGCACCUGGUGUGGACGGUCCAGAAGAUGAUGCUGUUGGAGCAGAAGUUUGAGGGUGGCAUGGCGCAGCCAGCCGGACUGAUGCAGGUCAAGGGAGAGAUGAACAACAUCGAGAAAAAGCUUCAGGCUGUGGAACGGCAACUGAAGAACAUGACGGUGCCAAAAUCUUCGUCGACGUCGUCAGAGUCCUCGCAGGACGCUAGGGCGGAGGGCGGUACAGGCCAGGAGGGGAAACCUUCCAAGGUGUCGUCGGAGGUAGCAGCCAAGACUAGUCUUCGCCUCAUUGAGCCAAUUGUCGCGGUGCUGCACAGUGAACUGGACAAGGCCAUCCACUCCUUGCAGAUCCUGGAGGGCCACUUCAGGCAGCAACAGGCACAGCUUGAUGAGCUGGAGAGUCGGUUCCGGGCACAACAGCAGUCGCUAUCGCUGGUGGAUGCCUCAAAAGCUGACCUUGAGAUGCGCCUGGCUGCGCAGGAGAAGGCUCGCUACGACGGCACAAUUUUAUGGAAGGUGUUUGGGUUCGAGUCCAAGAAGAAGGAAGCUAUCACCGGCCAGACCACAAGUCUUUACUCUCCAGCUUUCUACUCUGGACCAUGUGGUUACAAAAUGUGUGCCCGUAUCUACCCCAACGGCGAUGGCAUCGGCAAAGGUUCUCACAUUUCCCUGUUCUUUGUCAUCAUGCGGGGGAACUACGACGCCUUGUUACCCUGGCCCUUCUCACAGAAGGUGACUCUGAUGAUGAUAGACCAAAACCAUAAAGAGCACAUAGUGGAUGCCUUCAAGCCCGACCCCACCAGCACCUCCUUCAAGCGUCCCACGACGGAGAUGAACAUCGCCAGCGGCUGCCCGCUGUUCCUGCCCCUGGAGAAGUUGCACAGCCGACAGCACGGCUACCUCAGAGACGACACCAUCUUCGUCAAGAUCAUCGUGGACACGGAGGGGCUCGACCGCUUCACCGAGAUGAACCCGGGACGUUUCGCUUCCGGUUAUCCCUGAGACAAUCCUCCCCUCUCUCCGCCUCCCCCCACUCCCCUCGACCUCACCCCCCUUGACAUCCCCUCUCCCUCUCAGAUGUGUGCAGCACUGUGGUCUGAUGUUGUCUUGAGAAAAGUGCGGUAUAUACUUGGCUCUGUGUCGCAAAAGUGAAGAAUAGCUGCAUCCUGUAUCCUAACCACCCCCCCUUCCCCCCCACCCUCCUUUCUCGCUAUUCAGGGGAUUGACACUUUGCCAUCACAAGGCUCAUAUAGUAAAAACUUUUGCUAUCAAAGGCAAAGGCAUUUUAGGGAAAAUCUAAAGAAACUGGGUGGUAAACAUUGCUGAUUGGUGAGAUGAGGCGGCGAAGUGUUUUAUGAAACAGUGCCUCAAACAAAAUACAGGACACACACUUUGUGGCGAAAGAAAAGAAUGCUCUAUCUUCUCCUGUUACACCCCCCCCCCCCAGAAUUUGUUCCCCAAUCUCCCAAUUUUUAUGAAGGAUUAUGAGGAAAGCUCGUCUAUCUCUAUUUUUACUUGGGGGGUUUGCAGGUCUGGGAUUAUUCUUUACUUAUGCUCUGCCAGUCACUUGCCAGGAGUGCAUUGACAGUGUCACUUAAAAAAGGAAGAGUACAGUCAAACCUGUUACAGAUGAUUGCCCACAGUCAAGGGAAAAAGUGUUUGUCUGAGACAGGUGAAUGCCUUGGACUGUGUAUUUAUAACACAGAAAAAAACACAAUGGGGGAAAGUGGGAAAUGGUCGUUUGUACAAUUGAUUGUCUCUGACAGACGGUCAUAUGACCAGGUUUGGCUGUAUUGUAGCUAAGUAUCGGAACUUAAUCGUCAUAGGGGUGCUACUUUUUUAUAUUUUUGAAUGCAUCUGGUGAGUGUGGAUGUUUUGAGCCUUUGUGAUUUGUAUAAUAGUGCAGCAAAUGCUUUUCUGAUGACCUGAUAGUGAUACAUGUUGUUUUGUUUAUAAAGGAGUCGGAAAAAUCAGAGAAAUGUUGCUUUAUUUAGGUAGCGCCCCGUUCAUGAGAGUGCUGAAAUGGUUUUGGGUCAUUCCAUGUGAAAUAAAACUGCAGUGACAAGUUUAUUGUGGGGAUGAAGGCCAGUGGAAGGAGACCUUGGGUUGAGGCCCUGGUCUGGUGGUAAAUUCUUGGCUGUUUAGAAGCAUGUGUGAGGGUUCUGUGCACUUGGCUGGAGAAUGGUUGCACCCCCCCCCUCUAACUGGAGAAUCAUGACUGACAACAAAUCGAGUGCUGAUAAGCCUUUGGAAAUCUUGUGGCUGUGUUGGAACGGGGAUGUCAAAAAUACCAACUUGUUACCAGGAGAGGUCAGAAAAAUAAAGGGUCCAAGUCACCUUGAGGUCAUGCUGAGAAAAAUUGCAAAAAGUAGCUGUACUUAAGCAUGGUGUACUACUGAGUUUGGGCAAUUUGUAAAGCCAUUACUCUGAUCUAUAGCUAUCCAGUCAUUCUAUUUAGAUAUUGCUACCUCGUGUAGUCUCCCCUGACAUGGUGUGGCCAUACUGAGAACUCAAUUCUUAGCAAAAUGUGACUUGUGCCCUUUACUUAUCUGACGCCAUCAAUUGUUACAUGUGUCUUAGUGCUUUUUACAUGUUAUGUCGUUGCUGCCAAGUAUGACGAUUGCACUCUUUAAGUAUUUAUAUAUUUGAAAAAUAUAUUGUUCCUGUUUUAUCUGUAUAUCAUGGUCAUGUCAAUUGUAUUUUGUGCAAAGCAGUCACAGCUAGAAUCAAAUACAUGCUUUUUUCAUUUGUUUACCUAACAUGUUAGUCUGUUGACAGGAAUGUUCAAGAGAGAUUUUUAAAAACAAAAAGAUAAUAUUCACUUCACAUGUAUGCCUUGCCUGUGCACGUUUAGUUUGUAAGAUGAAAAUGCUGUUUCUGUCUGUCAAAGUUCCAUUGUCUUCCUGUAUACAAUGGAGAAUUCCUUUGCCAGGCAAGCGGGAAAAAAAAAGAGGAAAUUUUAUAAGUCGGCAAUUUUGUUUUGAGGGAGAUCCAAUAAGAGAUACAGCUGUACUUUAUGUAUUGACGUAUGAUAACUCUAAAAGUAAAAGGUCGUGAUUUUUUCUGGCAAUACAUGAAAGAGAUCGUAGAAAUUUUCUGCUUUGAAAAAAUCGCAACCUUCCUGUUAACUUAUCUAAACUGUGUUAACAGGGGCGCAAAACAAUCAUUCAUUCUUCAUCCCUGCCAAAUCUUCCCUUACAUGAACAAAUCAACUGCUUCAUGUAAGACUCCCAACACAUGUAACUUCUCAAAAGCGGAGUCUUGCACUAAGCAGUCGGAAUGGUUUAUUUAACUCUUUGUAGGUUAUGUUUAAGCUCAGGCAUUCGUUUUUGAGCGUGACAAAAUGAUGGCUAAUGUUUCUACAGAGUUCUUCUUUUACAAAAA